AUGGAAGGUGCCGACGCCGCCAGGAGCAAUGGGGCCAGCCCGGAAGCCAGGGACGCCCGCAGUCCACCGGGUACCAACGGCAGCCUGGAGAAUGGCACUAAAGCAGACAGCAAGGAUACCAAGACAACCAACGGGCACAGUGGGGAGGUGACGGAGGGCAAAACCCUGGGCAGUGCCCUGAAGUCAGGGGAGGGGAAGAGUGCCUUGUUUUCCAGCAAUGAGUGGCGCAGGCCUAUCAUCCAGUUCGUGGAGUCGGUGGACGACAAAGGCUCCAACUACUUCAGCAUGGACUCUGCGGAAGGCAGGAGGUCUCCUUAUGCGGGGCUCCAGCUGGGGGCUUCCAAGAAGCCGCCCGUGUCCUUUGCUGAGAAGGGGGAGCUGCGAAAGUCCAUAUUCUCUGAGCCCCGCAAACCCACGGUGACCAUCGUGGAGCCAGGGGAAGUUCGCAGGAACAGCUAUCCCAGGGCUGACUCUAGCCUUCUGCUGAGGUCUAAGUCCGGCUCCGAGGAGGUGCUGUGUGACUCCUGCAUCGGCAACAAACAGAAGGCCGUCAAGUCCUGCCUGGUGUGCCAGGCUUCCUUCUGUGAGCUGCAUCUGAAGCCCCACCUGGAGGGUGCCGCCUUCCGUGACCACCAGCUGCUCGAGCCCAUCCGGGACUUCGAAGCCCGAAAGUGCCCCCUGCACGGCAAGACUAUGGAGCUCUUCUGUCAGACCGACCAGACCUGCAUCUGCUACCUCUGCAUGUUCCAGGAGCAUAAGAACCACAGCACUGUGACCGUGGAGGAAGCCAAGGCUGAGAAGGAGACCGAGCUGUCACUGCAGAAGGAGCAGCUGCAGCUGAAAAUCAUUGAGAUUGAAGAUGAGGCUGAGAAGUGGCAGAAGGAGAAGGACCGGAUCAAGAGCUUUACCACCAAUGAGAAGGCCAUCUUGGAGCAGAGCUUCAGGGACCUGGUGAGGGACCUGGAGAAGCAAAAGGAAGAAGUAAGAGCUGCGCUGGAGCAGCGGGAACAGGAUGCUGUGGACCAAGUGAAAGUGAUCGUAGAUGCCCUGGAUGAGAGGGCCAAGGUGCUGCAUGAGGACAAGCAGACCCGAGAGCAGCUGCAUAGCAUCAGUGACUCGGUGCUGUUUCUGCAGGAAUUUGGUGCAUUGAUGAGCAAUUACUCCCUCCCCCCACCUCUGCCCACCUACCAUGUCCUGCUGGAAGGAGAGGGCCUGGGACAGUCACUUGGCAACUUCAAGGAUGACCUGCUCAAUGUGUGCAUGCGCCAUGUUGAGAAGAUGUGCAAGGCUGACCUGAGCCGCAACUUCAUUGAGAGGAACCACAUGGAGAAUGGUGGUGACCAUCGUUACAUGAACAGCUACACGAGCAGCUUCGGGAAUGAGUGGAGCACGCCCGACACCAUGAAGAGAUAUUCCAUGUACCUCACACCCAAGGGAGGGGGCCGGACAUCUUACCAGCCGUCAUCGCCCAGCCGCCUCUCCAAGGAGACCAAUCAGAAGAAUUUCAACAAUCUGUACGGCACAAAAGGUAACUAUACCUCCAGGGUCUGGGAGUACUCGUCCACUGUUCAGAACUCUGAGGACAUGCCCAUUGUGCAGGGCAACUCCUCCUUCUCCUUGAAAGGCUAUCCCUCCCUUCUCCGGAGCCAGGCUCCCAAGGCCCAGCCUCAGACUUGGAAAUCUGGCAAGCAGACUUUGCUGUCUCACUACCGGCCAUUCUACGUCAACAAAGGCAACGGGAUGGGGUCCAAUGAGGCCCCCUGAGUCCAACGAGGAGCUCUACAACCCUGUUCUCCCGUCGCCCCUGCUUUCCAAGAUGCUGCGUUCUUGGGGGGCAGGAGUCUGACCCCACUCUGCCCUCUUACAGCCUCUGACAGCCCCCCUCCCCAGGUUAUGCUGGCUUCCUCUGCUCCCCUAUGGGUUUCUUUUCUGCUUGGUGACAUACAGCCACUGUGAUUUCUGUGUGUGAGGCCAAGUUACCAACCACAGGGUGAGAGACA